UCGACCAGGACGGAGAAGUCGACACUACACUGUCGCAGUGCAGUCUGAUAGCGGCCAGUAGUGCAGUGCAGGUGUUGUCGCUAACUCGUUGUAGUACCGAGCAGAUCGAUCGACUGACCGGAGUGGCGUUGUCGGAGUGUGAUCAGUUUAUCGAGUAAUAAUUUUGAAUUAAAAAACAAUUAAAUCAAUAUCGUUUGUGCCAACCACUACGUCGUGCCAAUCGGAAUCUUUUGAUCCUAAAAACCAUGAGCACCGUGGGUGGCCAACCGACGGCGGGGGCCAUCGUCAGUAAUGGAGUACAACAACCGACGGCCAGUUCGUACUAUCCGUAUGGGCUGACCGGGACCGAGGAACCGUACGAUAGCAGCUUUCACAUCUUUCCUCCGGAUUACUGCACAACACCGGAGUACGACUACCGGGCCGACCUCCUCGAUAGUAUGCGUAUGGCACCAUCGCAGCGCUCUCAACGAUUCCAUAUCAGCAACAUCCUGGAGCUCAACAACCAUCAGCAGCAGCAGCAGCAGCAGCAACAGUCCGAUGCAGUGAAAGAUCAACCGAUUUUAUCGACUCUUUCGGUGCCAUCUAGUAGCAGCAGCCUGCAGCAGCAGCAGCAUCAGCAUCAUCACCAGCAAGUGUUUCAUCCGUUUACCAUCUCGGAGCUGGAGACGCAGCCGCAUCCUCCGAAUGCCGUCGGCGGAUUAGAAGCCGGUCCUGCGAGCGGUCCUUACAGUGUCGCCUCUAGCACAACGGAAGAAUCAGCUGCUGCUACCGGUGUCGCUCAUUUACCUUACGGUGGCACCAUUCCGACGCACUUUCAAUCGGCCCUUAACCCGUCGGCUGCUGUCAGCUCCACGAUUCCGUAUGAUCCGCCACCGUACUAUUCGUACGCGGCACAUCACCAUUCCCUGUUUGCCGGUGGAUCGUCAACUGCUGCUGUUGCAACGGCCGGAAUAGGGGAGCCAACGAGUCGCUCCGCGUAUCCGUAUCACACCAGCAGCGUGAACUUUGAUUAUGUUCCUUCAGUGAUACAGCAUAGUAACAUCGUCGGGGAAACAAACAUCAGCCCGGAUACAACGUCACCCGGUCCGGAACUGUACUCGCUCGCCUCCUACAGCAACAUUCCACGGGUGGUCAACGAAGCGUCCGACCGAUUGGCUGCCUUAUCGGAACAAAAUUCCUCGCAAGAUGAUGGUACCGUGCUGGACACGGAGUGUUCGGUGGAUGCGAACAACAACAGCCAUGGGCGAUCGUGCGAUACCGAUCCACCGGACGAUCGGGAUGCAUCCUCGAGUCCGUCCGUUGGUCGCUCAAACGGUAGCCGUGGCCAACCGGGAGGUGGAAACGAGUCGGGAGGUGCUCCCACCGGUACCGGUGGUCACAAGAAGCGCAAACGUCGCAUCCUUUUUUCAAAGACACAAACGUUCGAACUGGAACGGCGCUUCAAGCAGGCUCGCUACCUGUCCGCACCGGAGCGCGAGCAUUUGGCCAGCGUGAUCAAUCUGACACCGACGCAGGUGAAAAUUUGGUUCCAAAACCAUCGCUACAAAACGAAACGAGCCCAGACGGAGAAGCACACGACCGCCACGGUUAUGGGUUACCACGGGCAAGGGUCUCUGGUAGCGCCGGCGGCACCCCCUGGUGGUAGCCCACCGAAGAAGAUCAACGUGCCGGUGCUGGUGCGCGAUGGAAAACCGUGCUCGGAUGUAAUGCAGCAUCAGCAACAGCAUCAUUAUCACCACCACCACCACCAGCAGCAGCAGCACCAGCACCCAUCUUCCGCGCACUUCCUCGCUAACGGUGGAGCACACGAAUCAUCGUACGGUUCGUCGCCUCGCUUGUGGUGACAUCCGGCAGCUUGGCUGAUGAGGAGACGCCAGAGGCCGUAAAAGGGCAUUGUGCAAUAUGCUGUAAACCAUGCUAUUGUUAGAAUAAACACGUUUUUUUU